AGAGAAUCUUGCUUCAGCAAGAAAGAUCCUUGUUUCUCAACCCCUAAACGCUAAACCCCUUCAAAUUUUCAGCCUCUCUCUCAUACACACACAAAAGUAUGAGUGUUAUUAGCAUGGAGAUGGAGGAGCUUUAUGCAAAGUGAAUGCUGCCCAUUGGUUAGUCACAGAUUUUGAAAGUUGAAGGGUUAAACUGAAGAAGAUGGAUGUAAUUGAAUCCAUUGAUAAUCUCCAAGUGCAAGAUCCCCCUGGAGAAGAUUUCAGUUCAUCCGAUCUAGAUUGGGUUAAACUUAGAAGUGCAGAGCGAUGUGAUGAUGUUGCUCUUAUACCUUAUGAUCGGGUUGAUGCCUUCAUCAUUGGAGAAUGUUCUAAUGUUGAGUGCCCAACCAGGUUCCACAUCGAGAGGGGUCGAAAACGAUCCAAAGGAAGCUUAAAGGAAUACAAGAAUGAUGAGUAUUUGGAGUAUAGGCUGUAUUGGUGUUCUUUUGGCCCUGAAAAUUAUGGAGAAGCUGGAGGUACGUUGCCAAGCAGAAGAUAUCGUUUAAACACUCGAAAUCGUGCAGCCAGGCCUCAAUCUAUGCGGGGGUGUACAUGUAAUUUUGUUGUGAAGCGUCUGUAUGCCCGUCCAUCUCUUGUGCUUCUUAUAUAUAAUGAGAGGCGUCAUGUUAAUAAAGCAGGUUUUAUCUGCCAUGGUCCCCUAGAUAAGGAUGCAAUAGGCCCUGGUGCUAAGAAGAUUCCGUAUGUUUGUAGUGAGAUUCAACAGCAAACUAUGUCGAUGAUUUAUCUUGGUAUACCAGAGGAAAAUGUGUUGGAGAAACAUAUUGAGGGGAUUCAACGCUAUUGUGGUUCUGAUCCAAAAGUGAAAACCCUUGCUUCACAAUAUGUGCAGAAACUUGGGAUGAUUAUUAAGCGUUCCACUCAUGAAUUGGAUCUAGACGAUGAAGCCAGCAUUCGUUUGUGGGCUGAACGAAACAAGAAAUCCAUUUUCUUUUACCGAGAUACAUCAGAAAAUGAACCUUUAAUUUUGGGAAUACAGACUGAAUGGCAGCUGCAACAAAUGAUUCGCUUUGGCCAUCGCAAUAUCAUAGCAGCUGAUUCAACAUUUGGAAUUAAGAGACUAAAGUACCCAUUGUGCACCCUUCUUGUUUUUGACUCAAGAGAAUGUGCACUCCCAGUUGCUUGGAUCAUUACUCGCAGUAUUGAUAAGCCAGAUGUUUCUAUAUGGAUGAAAUCACUACUCGAUCGCGUUCACUCAGUAAAUUCUGGAUGGAAAGCCGGUGGAUUUUUAAUUGACGAUGCUGCUGCCCAGAUUGAGCCCAUAAGGGAGACAUUUUCUUGCCCUGUACUUUUUUCCCUGUGGCGCGUUCGUAGGUCAUGGCUGAGACAUAUAGUUAAGAAAUGUACUAACAUUGAGGUCCAGAGGGAGAUCUUUAAACGUCUGGGCCAAAUAGUGUACGGCAUCUGGGGAGGAAUGGAUCUCGCUAUUGCUUUAGAAGAACUUUUGCUGGAUUUUGUUGAUCAAACUUCCUUCAUGCAAUAUUUCAGAGAUUCUUGGCUCCCAAAGAUUGAAAUGUGGCUCAAAUUAAUGAAGACUCUUCCACUAGCAAGUCAGGAAGCAUCUGGUGCAAUUGAAGCAUAUCACAUCAAGCUGAAAACUAAACUAUAUGAUGAUUCGAAUCUUGGUUCCCUCCAGAGGGUUGAUUGGUUAGUUCAUAAGUUGACUACUGAGUUGCACUCUAGCUACUGGCUUGACCAUUAUGCAGAUGAAAGUGAUUUGUUUCCAAAUGUGAAGGAGGAUUACAUUGCUUCAACGUCAUGGUCUCGAGCUCUCCAAAUCCCCGACGCUUCUGUUUCCUUCGAUGAAAAGGACCAACAUUUUGCUAAAGUUCUGAGUCAGAAGGACAGCAGCCUAAGUAAACUAGUUUGGAAUCCUGGUUCUGAAUUUGCUCAUUGCGAUUGUGAAUGGUCGUUGCAAGGAAACCUAUGCAAGCAUGUGAUUAAGGUCAAUAUGAUUUGUGGUACUAUGCCACUCUUCCAAUCCUCCUUAUCGUUUCAGUCACUAAAAACUAUCAUAAUGGACCUCUGGAAGAAGCCAACCGAUGAUUCUGUAUCACUAGACCUGUCAACUGCCUGGACAUUUCAAAUUCUUGACCAAGUCCAGAAGCUCAUGGAGUUUAAUGGUUCCAAUAGUAUAGGUCUUGCUGUAAACAAUAUGCCGUUAAAGUGGACUGCUAAACGAGUCAGAACAUCACCCCUCAGGCAGUCACAGCCCUCAUUGUUGCCAGGAACUGCCAAAAAUUCUUCUACUAAUGAGAGUGGGAAGAGGAAGAGAUUGUAUCACCUAAAAUGAUCAUUUUGUAACUAUAGGAGUCUGCAGUAUCAGGAACCAGCUUAUACGUGGUUGAUUAUUUCACUUUGACAUUGAUAGGGAGAUAGAAAUUGCCUCGUGUAUUUGAUGAGACACUUGAUAUUUGGUAUUCCUUGGAGGCUGGAGGAUGAUAAGAAAUGACAGGAGAAGCACCCAUGAGGCAGUGGAGUACACGGCCAUGGUUGCCAGAGAUAGCGAACUCGGUUGGCCUUGAACUUGCUUUACAUGACAGGAACAAAUAAUUUGCAGAUAUUGAUGCAUCCACGAUCAAUCGCCCAAUUUUGUUUUGAGCAGAGGAGAUUGGAUUCCCAUUGCAUUCUUAGAUUUUGGUUUGCCAUGGCAUUGCUGGUCAAUGUUCUUCCAGCCUUCACCCUCAACAGUAGUAUGGAGAUGGAACGUUAAAAUUCCCAACUUGUACAUGGUUUUGUAGGCGACAGAAUGCAAUUUGGUUUCACUUUUCGGACAGGCUGAAGAAGACGGUUUGAUCACCUAAAACCAUGCCUCGAAUGUGGUGUGUUCGAGUGUGUAUAUCCACGAACCGCGAGGGACAUUUUGUUCUUAUUCACUUUCAGGAGCAUUAAUAGUCUUUAUUUGUUCAUUCCAGUGAAUUCUAUUUAGAUUUAAGCAAAGCUGUUCGACUCGAGUAGCUUGAUCUUUUCAUUUUCUUGUAUAGUUGUGUUGAAUUCUGAAUUGGAUGGAAAAGCAAUACUUUUGCC